AUGGCUGAAAACGCUACUGCUUCUCAACCCACUCGACUGGCCCCUUCAGAAAUGACCAGCAAGGAUUAUUAUUUCGAUUCAUAUGCUCAUUUUGGAAUUCACGAGGAAAUGUUAAAAGAUGAGGUUCGAACGGUCACUUAUCGAAACUCAAUCUAUCACAACAAGCAUCUUUUCAAAGAUAAAAUAGUAAUGGACGUAGGAUCCGGCACAGGAAUACUUUCGAUGUUUGCUGCUCGUGCGGGUGCGAAGAAGGUUUAUGCUAUGGAGUUCUCGAAUAUGGCCGCGCAGUCCCGUCAGAUAAUAAAGGAUAACAACCUUGAGGAUAUCAUCACUGUGAUCCAAGCGAAAGUCGAGGAAGUUACCGAGCUUCCCGAUGGUUGCGAGAAGGUUGACGUGAUCAUAUCUGAAUGGAUGGGAUAUUGCCUCUUCUAUGAGUCGAUGUUGAACACUGUUAUUUUCGCACGAGAUAAAUGGCUAAAGGAAGACGGUCUAAUAUUCCCGGACAAGGCCAAAUUGUACUUAUGUGCGAUUGAAGAUCGGCAAUACAAAGAGGAUAAAAUCCACUGGUGGGAUAAUGUUUACGGAUUUAACAUGUCUGCCAUUCGCAAGGUUGCCAUUACUGAGCCACUUGUCGAUGUUGUCGAUAAUGCGCAAGUAGUAACCAAUAAUUAUUGCAUCAAAGAGAUCGAUCUCUACACCGUCAAGGUCGAAGAUCUGACGUGGAGCUUCAGACUUCCAGUUGCGCUGUGCCAGAAACGACUACGUCCAAUUGAGUUCUCGAAGUGUCAUAAAAGAACUGGAUUCUCAACGGGACCAGAUGUUCAGUACACGCACUGGAAGCAGACUGUUUUUUAUCUCAUGGAUGCGCUUACCGUGAAAAAGGGUGAAGAAAUAACAGGCAAUUUUUCUGUGACACCGAAUGCCAGGAACGAGCGUGACCUCGACUUCAAAAUCAAGGUGGACUUCCAUGGAGAUGUUUGCGAGCUUCGCGAAGAGAAUGUUUAUACAAUGCAUUAA